CAGGAAGACCUGUCAAUCCCUCCUCGAUCCAUGAGCGCAGCCACUUCUCCGAAACUACUCCAGCGCGCGUGUGUGGAAGGCAGAGUGACACGGGAGGCUGUAAGUCGCCACAUUUCAUCACAGAGGCAGCUGAAGUCCAGAAAGAAAACCUUCCAGGGCGUCUGAUCCGUGCCCUGCGCGCUCCUGCAAAUCGGCGGGUGUUAAGAUCCAUGGAAGUGGCGGGUUUUUACGACGAGGGCAGCUUUGCUAUCCACAGUAGAGACAGCAUUAUCAGUCCCAUCGGCGGCGGCUCGUACUGGAGGCUCGGAGACUCGAUGACGGAGCUGGGCAUUGAGGAGCGGGAGAGAGCGAUAGACUUCAGCGUGUACCUGGACUGUCCGCAGCUGCCGACGCAGACGCAGCCGCAGGGGGACGUUUUCUCUGAUUUCCUCGCGGAGAACAAGAAGAGAGUCGCGGCUUUACACAACUACAAGAACUACUCGCUGCUGAACGAGCUGGAGGCGAGUCAGUGCGACAACUUGAGGGACCCCAGGGAGCCCUACGCGCUGGGGUACACCGAGCUGCAGGACUCCCGGGUGGACGGGGUGAUCAACCCCGAACUCCAGAGCCGCUACAGGGCUGCCGCCGCCGCCGCCGCCGCCGAUCACAGAGACGACAGCCGAGAAGACGCAAAGAUGGAGAACGGGUCGUCUGGGUUUGACAUGAGGUCCUACCUGCACUACCAGUCCACCAGCGGCAGUCUGGGGAACAUCUCCACCGCGUCCUCGACCUGCUCUAGCCCGCCCGGCACACCUGCCCCGUCAGGUAAAGGCAGGUCGCCGUCGCACGGGGGCAAAAUGUCCAGCGGGAAGGCGAAGAAGCGCCUGGACAAGGACAGCGACGAGUACCGGCUGAGGCGGGAGAGGAACAACCUGGCCGUGAGGAAGAGCAGGGACAAAGCCAAAAUGCGCAACUUGGAGACUCAACACAAAGUGCUGGAACUGGCUGCGGAGAACGAUCGUUUACAGAAGCGCGUGGAGCAGCUGUCCAGAGAGCUGGCCACCCUGCGCAACCUGCUCUCCGCCACAGGGCAGUGUUAGAGCAGCCCCGGCCCGGGGCUGCUUGUGUAAUCAUUGAUGGACUUUAGAGCCAGAGGUGAAAAUAAAAGGAAAAAAAAAAACCACGGUACGCUUCACAGGUGAAGGCAGCGGCCGCCAGUUUACAAGGACACUUUGAAUGGGACUGAAGAAGUGGGUUGCAUGGAUUGCGCAAUCAUUCCACGACUCUUCACAUGUCACCUAAGCUUUAUUCUCAGAUGUAAUUUUUUUUCCUUUUGUUGUAUGCAGUAUUCUGUGCAGGUUUUACAUACAUACGAGUGAAUUUCUACAUUUUGUGUAUAACUGGAGCAGUGGUUGUCAAGGGAAGAGUUGUGCUGCAGUGAAAUGAUGCAACUCUUUGUAAUAGUAUUGGCAAUGAAUGAAAUAAGUCUAAUUAUUUAAUAUUGAAAGGUGAAAUGCUUUAAUUGUACUUGAUAUUUUAUUGAAUUAAACAGAUUUAUACUUUUUAAA